GGAUUUGCGGCUGGCUGUCACCUCACCGAGAUGGACAAGUAUCGUAAAAGCGACCAAGAUCCACAGUCAUCAAGAAUAUCGAGAAAGAAGUGUCUGACUCGACAAUUCCAAUCUAAACUUUGCCUCGGUGUGGUGGAGGCAAACGUGGAGCACUAAGCCCGCCACGUACGUCCAUGUCGAUCUUGGCUUCCUCCGUUUCUCGCUCAAUGCAAUCCGUUGACUCGCCGCGUCUGUUUUCCCUCACAAUCCACGUACGCACGCUCUAGAUCAUCUGUGCACGCGGCUUUUUCGCCCGGUCUGUGCGUCGCGUUUACUCCAAAACAUGUGACAGAACUGCCGUUCCCCACCGUGCAUGUUGGUGGUGGUGAAGGAGCAUUUCCUAUAUCAGGAACUAGGAUUCCGCCUCCGUUCCAUAGUCUCUCGCGCCGGGCCUCCUCUGUUCUUCCUCUGACCACAGCUGCAACUUGAACCUUCAAUUCUCCAGCCAAGCAUUCACCAUGUUGUUCAGCAAGGUCGGACUCCUCGUCAGCUUGGCAGCUGCUGCUGUCGCCGCUCCGGUGGAACAGCGCGCGUUGGUCCCCUUGAGGCCUUCGGUCGACCCGUUCUACCAGCCUCCAGCCGGCUUCGAAUCCACCGCUCCCGGCACGGUCCUGAAGACCCGAACCAUCAUCCCGGCCUUGCUCGGUCUGUUGCCGUCGUCCCUUCAGGCCUACCAGCUUCUCUACCGUACCACUUCCAUCAACGGCACCGCGAUCGCGACUGUGACGACUGUCUUUAAGCCUCUGGUUGCCAACGCCACACUCGACAAAUUUGUUUCUUUCCACACCGCUGAGGACAGCUCGUUCGUCGACUGUGCGCCAUCGUACAACUACCAGCUUCUGGCUCAGCAGACUAACGCCAUUGUUGGCUUCGAGGCAUUCAUCAUCCAGGCCUACAUCUUGAAGGGUUACAUCGUGUCCAGCCCGGACUAUGAGUCUUUCGAUGCCGCCUUCGGUCCUGGCCGUCUCGCGGGUCGAGGUGUCCUUGAUAGCAUGCGCGCUGUGAACAACUUUGCCACCACCUUGAAGCUGGUGUCCAACAACAACGCCAUUGUCGGUAUCGGCUACAGCGGAGGCGCCAUCGCCACAGGUUGGGCUGCCGCUCUUCACAACAACUACGCUCCCGAACUUAACAUCAAGGGAUGGAGCUCUGGAGGCACUCCCGCCAACAUCACCGGCACCGCCUUGUACAUUGACAACACUACCUUCUCGGGUUUCCUGCCAUCCGCCAUUGUCGGUCUCUCCACUUACAAUGCAUACGGCACCGAAUUGCGCCCUGUCAUCGAUAGUAUCAUUGGACCCAAGGGUCGCGAGGCCUUGACCUUCACCAGCCAGAACUGUGCGACUGCCAACCUUGCCAAGUACCCCAACACCUCCAUCUUUGGUCUCGACUUCCAAUCUCUCGGCAAGGCCCUAUUCUACCAGCCCACCAUCGCCGCCAUCCUCAAAGACAGCACCCUCGGCCUCGUCGCCUCCGAGGUGCCGAUCGCCCCCGUCAACCUCUACCACGCCAUCAACGACGAGAUCAUCCCAUACGCCAACGCCUCGACUCUGUACACAAACUGGUGCAACCAGGGCGGAAGCGUGCGCUUCACCAGCUUCACCUCCGGCGGCCAUGCCACCACCGAGAUUGACAACAUCGCCCGUGUGCAACAGUUCGUCGCCGACGCGUUCGCUGGCAAGGUGGCCAGUGGAUGCAGCGCCGUUACCCUCGAGAAAUGAUUUGUUGAAAAUUUCCCGAAGAAUUUUGAUGAUGACGAUGGCUCAGAGGAGACGAUGUAAAAGUUUGAUGUUCAUAUAUGAGUGAAAAUCUAACGACCCUGUCGAAAGACAACGUCAUGGUGAAAUAUGAAAGAGAGAGAAAGUAAUUCCCAUACUGAAUCGACUGCCUGGGGCC